AUGCCUCAAACUCGGGCACAGGCCAAGAAGGAGGCUGUCGUUUCAAGUGCCUCUCCGAUCUUCACAUCUUUUCCAACCUUCCAAUAGAGAUCCGUUUUCAGAUUUGGGACCUUGCAUGUCAAGAGUAGAGGGUGAUUGGUUUGUGGGGAAAAUACGUCAAUCCAGCCUGGGCAUAUCUGGAGAGUAAGAAUAUACAAAAGGAGCAUGCCUUGUUUCCAGGAAAGCUUCAAGUCCAGCGCUUCAACCCCCCUUCCGUUCUUCACGUUUCAAGAGAAGCUCGUGAGAUUGGUCUGAAGCACUACACACUAGCAUUCGGAACUGCUGAGGGUUCAGAAUAUCAGGUGAACGAGAAAGGUAUCCACGAACCCUUUAUUUACGUGAACUGGAAGGUCGACAUCUUUUUCCCUACCUCAGACGAUGCGGCAUCCGGAUUUGUCACCAAAACUAAACCUGCACGCUAUCGUGUGGCAAUUGAUGAAGUCGGUGCUCUUAAGUUUGACCCGGUCCUAUGGGGGAAAGGGAGAGGCCAUGAGUACCGAUAUCUAGAAGAGGUCAUUGUAGUUGUCCCAAUGGGAAACUUGACUUUUCCCUCGAUUCUCCGGAGACUCCAGUUCUCGCGUCCCAUCAACUUUGAUAUUCAGACACCUUCAGAAUCACAAUUACAGCAAAUUCUUUGCGACUGCGCGUUUGAGGAACUUGAAAAUACCCUGGACCUCACACAGACGAACGUCAGGCAUGCACUAGAAUGGGAUGACACCAUUGAAGAAACCAUUGACGAAAACAAAAACGUGAACCCCGAAGCUUGGGAAGCAGCUUACGACGCAAUUUUCGACGCACUUUACGCUAAACUGCCCAAGAUAACGCCGGGUUUGAUUGAGGUCAAUUAG